UAUUGCUUCAUUCACAUCAGCUUAGGGAACUUUGUGGCUUGUCUUCUUUCUGAACAUGGCGUGUAGUAAAGGUUUAGUCAAACAAAAAGAAUACGACUGGAAGGACUCUAACCUUGCUUUGUUUGGGUCUGAUCUCGAUAAGAAUGUGAAAAAGGAAGCUGCAUUAACUGAGCGUGCUUGGCAAGGAGCAGGGUUGCGACCAGGCUUAAAAAUAUGGCGAAUUGAAAACUUUAAGGUCAAGGCCUGGCCCAGAACUGACUAUGGGACAUUUUACGACGGAGAUUCGUACAUCAUCUUAAAUACGUACAAGAGUGAAGAUACUGACGAGCUUAAAUAUGACGUUCACUUCUGGAUUGGUGAGCACUCGACCCAGGACGAGUAUGGCACAGCCGCUUACAAGACUGUGGAACUUGACACAUAUCUUGAUGACAAAGCAGUUCAGCAUCGUGAGGUCAUGAAGCACGAAUCGCGUCUUUUCCAGAGUUACUUUACUUGCCUGACAACUUUGGAAGGAGGAGUGAUCGUGGAGGUAAAGUUAGAAUAGAGAUUCUUGACGAAUCGGAAAUGGAAAGAACUCAUGUCUUCUAUAAGAUGUGUGGUGAUAAAGUAGUUCAAAAAGGGGUAAGKUUAAAGCUUAAACUGAUUUUCUACUAGAUCAUUUCAAAUAAUAUUGUAUAUCAUCUUCUGCAUGUUUUAAAUU